AUGAUCGCAGCGCAAGAACGGUUUCUCAAUGUUCGGCGCACUCUUGACGAUCUUGGCUAUAAACAGCCACUCGGGAUGGACAGUUUACCUCUCGUUGAAAAAAUAAUCUCUGAUCUCGUGAACACCAAAGAAAAUUUGAGUAAAACCAAGCAUGAACUGGAAUCUAGAACCGAAUUUAUGGGACGCGCUGAGGAGUGCAUUGCGCCCUAUAAAUCAGACAACGCCCGUCUGGUUAAGGAGAUUAAUUUAACACAUAGACAAAUAGAUGAUUUGCGUCUAAAGUAUGAUGAAACUGUUCGAGGUAAGUGUUUUUUCGUGGAUAUUAAUGGCUAGAUAUGAGCUCAAAAAUACGCAACCUGCAGUCAUUGAAUAAUGAUCUGCAAUUUUUUAAUUCCCAAUGUUUGGACAAACUGAAGGCAUAUGAAUUGGAAACCAAACGUAUGGCAGAACAGAUUGUUGUCCUUCAGGAGAAGAAUUUCCAGGCUGUUGUUUUUAUGCCAAGUAAUUGCUCGAUUGUAACUCGCUUUUGACAAAACUGACUUUAUACCUUUAAUUUUCAUUCACUUUACAUAGCAACGCCAUUUGGUACACCCAUCCUUUAGCAAUUGCUUGUGACUAUUCAUUGAUGAGCCCCAUUGCGAUUGCGUUUUAUUCCCCCCUCAUACGUGUGCGUGGUGUCGACCAAGUCGUGUUACAAAAUUCGAGAACGAUAGGCUCAACGGCACGGUCCAUGCAUUCACGUUCAACUGGUGUUGGUCCUCGAGAUAGGCUCACUUACAACUAAAUGACUAUUUUAGAUGAUUCGUCCUCCGCCGACCGAUUGAUAUUCCUCAUCCUUACCUCAAAGUCGAAAUUAUCCAAAUCUCAUCUUUUAGUGAAUAAAAAGUGCCUUAAUGUUCAAUUUGGUUUUGGAUUUAAUUAUCAGUCUCUUUUCACCCACAAAGUUAUCGCAUGUCGAGCGGUACUCUAAAAACUUCCAAAGCAUCUGAGGUUACUGCAGUACUGUUACCAGAUUAUGAGAAUUUGAAUCGUAUGGGGUUUUACUAAGUUGCUUACCUCUCGGUCACAGUUUUGCUCUGUAACGGUUGCCAAGACAUCGUCGUUCGUGGAGCAACCGUUGUUUCUAAUACACUUGGGUCCAAUAACUUACUUGAACAAAUUUGACUGGAACACAUGUAUGGUUUGAGUGUUUCUUGUUUUUACCUAACUCUCUACCCAUAUGCUCAAUGGAAGGAGACUAUCAGGGCGGUUAUUUAAAGUAGAUUUCCAUAAGGUCAUCGCAUUUAUCUUCAAAUUUAGGACAGCAAAAUACUAUCGCGAGAUAUUUAAUGCUUCAAGGAGCAAGGCAAUAUUGCCUUCUCGCGAAUUUUAUUGCAGACCUCCCCUAACCAGCUGGCUUUCUCCGGGGGGCAGGAUAAGGAAAAUUCUUAAUCAUACGCCGGUAUCAGCACCUGACUUCCUCUAACAUUACGCAUAAGAGCCAACAAGUCAUCACCUAAAUCACUGUUAUGCAUGGUGUUUCAAUAUUCAUUGUCUUGAAUUAAGUACAUUGAGGCCUAAUAUGCAUAGCGCCCACUGUCAUUACUAUUUUAUCUCUUUCUCGUUUGGCGAGCUAUGUAACCUCCGGUUGAAGUGCUGCUAAAUAUCUUGCAUAUAUAUGUAUAUAUAACUUGUAAACCCUCAGCGUCGCUCCAUCUCAACUUUAAUCUGAGAAGGUGCUUUGUGCUUCGAUCUGAAACACGAGGCAGCAGCACUCUCGAGCCUUUUUUAGAGCUGGCACUUCCCCGGGCUUCUAUGACCUCCUUACGUCAAGGGCCAUCUUAUAAACCAAUCGCGACACAAAACCAUCUUUUCUGAAAAUAAGUGAUUUCCUACAUGAAUUCUUAACUAAAUCUUGACGAUUUUUGUCAAUUCUGCCAUCGCUUCCAAAGGUAUCAAAGGGAUUCCGUCUAGAUCAACGAUUUUCCUACUUGCCCAUUUGUCAGACCUCUCGAUACGUGUCGAGAAUAUUUCAUAAGUUGUAGCUUGAAAGCACCUACACCCAAAAAUAUUAGGUCUUUACACAGGCACGUACCAGGUUUUACAAAUGGGGAAAACGUUUUUAUUCGUGAUAUUUCGUCUGAACGUGAAGGCAAUACUCAAGGAUGUUACUGUACGCUUUACGAAAGUGGGUUCUCCAUGAUGUUUCUCAGAUAUAUCCUUCGUUAUUUACUUUUCCGUCGAAAUGCUUUUUUGAUUUGGGACCUUUCAAAGGCUGCAGUCGCAACUCAGUGUACCCCAAAUACUCUUUCAUACGUUAAUUUUACCCAUCAUAAUGUUACAAUCAACUCAUUUUGUCCCCCUUUUAGACGGUCAUAAAAAACAAGUGCCUUUCAGACGCCAACGUAUGGAAAUAGAAGGUCUCCUUCCUGAAGGCUCUUCAUGCCCGAAUAAGGAACAGGAAAGAGGCAGUAGGCACGACGAAAACA